UUAUUUGUUCGAGCCGGAGAACCAGCCGAAGAUGCCGACGCCGCACGACUUCUUCGUUGAUGCUGACCACCACCACAACACAUCACAUCCCAUCACAUUGCAGCACAUCACAGCCGAUCCCGUGUGGUCACUGACUUUUCUUCUUGGGUGCGAUCAUGUGUGCGAGCGGGGCCAUCAUGGGCGGCCGCAUCAUCAUCACCAUGGGAGGGCCGGCAGGGGCGGCGGGAGGCGGCGCGACCGGACGAGCAGCACCAGGAAAGGGCGGCGGGGGCGCCAU